CCGACGGACUCGGACUUAGCAGAUGGCUUGCACAAUUAGUCACAUAAGUACCCCAUGAACGUGGGUUGUCUCGCUACCAGAUACCUUACUUAUGGGGAAUACAAAGGCGCGGAAAGCACAGCAGUCGUCUCAGACCGAAUGAAACUUACCGCGAUGGCCGAGAAGGCUAGCGUAUAAAGGAGGGAGAGAGGUCCGUGUUGUGGCAGGAUUGAAGCAACACGAACACCCAACUAGACCGCCACCAAGAUGUCUUCUCCCCAAGUAUGGUUCAUCACUGGGUCUUCCAGCGGCUUUGGCCGGAACAUGACAGAGCUCGUACUGGAGAAGGGCGAUAUUGUCAUCGCCACGCUCAGGAAGCCUGAGGUACUCGCGGACCUUACAGCCAAAUACAGCUCCGACAAGCUCCUCAUCGUCAAACUCGACGUCUCCAAGCCCGAGGAGGUGAAGGUGGCGUUCGCCGAGGCCGUGGCCAAGUUCGGGCGCAUCGACGUUGUAUACAACAACGCAGGGUUCGGCAUACUCGCGGAAGUGGAGGGGACGCCAGAGGAACAAGCGCGUGCGAUGUUCGACGUGAACUUCUUCGGUGCUGCCAAUGUCAGCAAGGAGGCAGUGCGCGUCUUCCGCGACGUCAACCAGCCGCAAGGCGGUCGGCUCUUACAGAUGAGCUCGAUGGCUGUCUACGGUAACUCCCCAGGCAUCGGGUACUAUGGUGCCAGUAAACGCGCUUUUGAGGGACUGAGCGAAGGCCUUGCCGCUGAGCUGGACCCGGAAUGGAACAUCAAGGUCACUCUCAUCGACUCAGGCGGGUUCAGCACGAAGGGACUGUCCAACAUCUUCCGCGUCGACCCUCACCCCGCGUAUACAAAGCCUACGUUGGCGUCGGCAGUUACCCGACGCUACCUGGCCACCGAGACAUUCCCUCCCGGAAGACCGACAGCCGCGGGAGCGGUGAAGCUCGUUUACAGACUCGCUGCGCUAGAGGACCCUCCGCUGCACUUCCCCUUGGGGAAAGAUACUAUUGGAGCCCUUAAGAAGAACACUGCUGAGCUUCUCGCCGGUGCAGAGAAGUUCGCGUCGUGGUCGGAGAAUCUGCCAACGGAGUGAAGGCAGAGUGGUGAUUGGCAUCAGCGAACGGGUUAGAAAAACACCUAGAUGUACUCCCCCGGGCCUUAGACUCGGAGACAGUGGUACUUAUAUGAAAGCCGAUUGAACCCUUGAUCGUAUUUUGUCCAGGCAUCCAUAAGUUGACAAGCGGUGAGCUUGAGGAAUGGGCGCUGGCGCAGGGUUCUCGUCCACCAUGGGCAGUCCACCAUGGCCAGAAGUUGCCGGAGACAAGCGUACAAUCACUAGGCGCUCAAGCUGCCGACGCUGCGAUCAGAUCGAGAUCUGGCGCACUGGCCCGAAUUAGCAAGUACUUAGGUUGUCGAAGUGAGCCCUCCG